AUGUUGCCUCGAAACAAGGACCAGGUGCUGCUACAGAACGCAGUGCCCCCUGGGCGUCCCCCUCAGGGCCUCUCACAACUUGUGGACUCCUCUUCCCCCAACCUACAGCCUCUCUUUCCCCAGCAACUGCCUCCUCCCUCCUGCGUACCUUUCUCCUCUUCCCCUCGAUCCCAUCUCCCCUUCUCCCCUCCUCCAUGGUCCUGCUCUCCGGGCUUCCAAUUAUACUUGUCUGAUUCAAAUUCUGACUUUGCUACACAUCCCUAUUUUUCCUCUUUCCCAAGUUCCAACACUUUCUGUCACCAGAACUUCCUCUCUCACUCCCUUCAACGUUCCUCCUCUCCCUCCAAACACCACCAGCAACACCACCACCAGCGUCACCCCUCUCCUCCUCUCACCAUCUCCUCUUCUCCCUCUCACCCUCAGAACUCCCCCCUCCCCUACUCACCUUGCCAGUCCCCCUCCCACCCCGAAGACCUACCUAGCUCCACGCUCACUUCUCCAAGCCCCAGCCUUCCUUCUCAUAGAGUCCACUCUAACAGCCAGACAUGGCACUGGCAUCAGUACAGGGACACCGGGUCCCCUGGGGUGUUGGGAGGGUGCGUGGCAAGCGAGAGGGACCCUGCGGAGUUCAGGGACCCGGGGGCCCUGGCCCAGGCCCUGGUGGCCCAUGUGGGGCACCGCCGAAUCGCACACGACCUGCGGCUACUGCUUUUGCAGCGCCUGUGGCUAGGCACAACCGGCCAGGCCCCGUUCGUGGAGUAUCCUGUAUGCCUGGUGUGCCUCCAGCCCCGCAGCCCCUCUUGCCCCAUCCCCAGGUACAAGACUGGACCCCGGCUGCUUGCCUUCCCCCAACUACUGCCCUGUGGGCAGGGCCAGGAAUCCAGGCCACUCCGCAUAGGCAUUGGCUUCGGCCUUUGCCUGCCUCGGGGCCAGGCCAGGGCCUUGCAUCUGUUGCCAGAAAGAAGGCCAGAGGAAGCAGGGCCUCAGGGGGAGGCUGCUCGGGCCCAUGGGUAUCGAUCGAGGACAUCUCGGGCUCCAGCAGCUCGAGAUCCAGUGGCUCGGGCCCGGGGAGAUCCAACCCCAGGCACACCCUCCCAGACCGGGAGCCUCCGGUCUGCAGGUCCUCAAUCACCAAAUUCCACCAGAUGUUCCAGGCUUCCACUUCAGGCACCAAAACAGGCCACUGCCUCUCAGAAGCGCAGACCUUCCCCUGCCCCAAAGAGGCCUACCUCUCCAGAGCUCAUUCUCCGAAAGUCGCCAUCCUAG